AUGGACUCGCCACAAAAACAACAGCAACAGCAGCAACCACCACGACUUCCUCCGUUCAAGGUUUCAGCAGCCCCAGUAGCCUCUUCUACUUCUUCUUCUGUGGUGAGGCCAUCGUCAUCUUCCGGCUCUUCACCAUUACGUUCGAUUGAUGACGAUAGCACAAACAAGUCCAGUGGUGGUAUUAGUAGUAUUAGUAGUAUUAGUAGUAGUAGUAGUAGUAGUCAUAAUAGCAAUGAUAAUGAUAAUGAUAAUGAUCCUACAAUGUUUCCGGCACCUAAUUCAUUUCAACGAGCAUCAUCUUCAUCUACUAGCAACUCUCCAUCAUUAAUGCCUCCCCCGUCUUCUUCUUCUUCCUCUUCUUCUUCUUCUUCGUCUUCUUCAUUAGGAUCCAAAUCAGGACGCACACUAACUCCUUCAAAAGGAUUGACUCCUCCACCAACAUCGACACUGGUUCCUAAAUCUGCGGCUGAGGCAGCUAGAGCACGCAACAAGAUUGCACUUGCACCUGGACAUUCUCCUAUGGACUGGGCACGGUUGACCAAUAGUGGAGCCAAUCUUCGGGGCACAGAUGCACCAACACUUCUCAUAGUGUCAAAGGAAGAACUUAGCAAACACAAUACUCUUGAUGAUAUGUGGACCGUACUUGGAGGCCGUGUUUACAACGUGACACCGUAUGUCCCGUUCCACCCGGGCGGCGAGAAGAUUCUUAAGGGAGUUGCAGGGCGUGACGGGACUGCUUUGUUUAUGAAGACCCACGCGUGGGUCAGUUACGAAAAUAUUUUGGCCAAGACACUUGUUGGAGUUUAUCGACCUUGA